UCUGUCCUUGGUGUGGACUCCGCAGUGAGUAAUCGCAUCAUAUUUUAUCUCUGCUCUUUUGCUUUAACGCUCAUUGCUUUUGCCUGUGUUGCAGAGUCAGUCUAUUUCGCUUGUUGUCAAUUGGUUUGGAUUUUCAGCCUUUUCCUGUGUUAGAAUCUCAGGAAUAAUUAUUACAGAUUCAGCUGCACAGAUUUUAACGCACAAGAUUUCGAAGCACUUUCUCAUCAUUUAUUUUACUCUCGAGAUACCCAUCCUACCUGCAAAGCUGAUUUCCACUCAGAGGAAAAUCACAUUCGAAGCCGUUAUUCCAAUGGCUUCCAUUCCCUUUGCCUCGUACAGUGCUUCCAAAAUUCACGAUCACGUGAAAGCGAGGCAGAAAUUUGAUGAAUCGCAACAUGGAGAAUCAGCUACUAAAAUGUUCCAUCACAACGCCUUUGGGGUUGAGAAAAUGCUGCAAAACUACAACAACAAAUUGAUGAACAGCAUUUGGGGACAGUACAACUUGUAUGCUGCCCAUGCCUUCCAGAAAAACAAUGAGGGCGCGCACCCAAUAAUUGACAUCUUCAACAUCCCACAGGUCAAGAACCUGUGGGAAUUCCGUACAGCUCACUAAACCACGGUGAGCAGUUACGGAAACACCUGGAAUCCUACUACUAUUCCAGCAUUUUAUUUUGCAUUGCUAGUUUGAAGUGUAUGUGUGCUUAAAUAAAGAGCUUAUUUAUAGUCAAAGUGUAUUGCAUUUUAACAUUUUCUUAUGGUGUUCAAGCUCCAGGUAUGCAGGUGUGUAUUGUGCGAAAAACUGUAUAAGGGCUUAUGAUUAUUUUGUUGUAUGUUUACUAUGAUUACAAUAAUUUAGGUGAUAAGAUGUUAUAUGUAGACUUUUUAGGCUGACUCGUAAUUUGUAUUCUCGAAGAGAUUUCGUAUUUUAACUUUCUUUUAAUAAAUCUUUGAAGAAAAAAUA